AUGGGCGUUCUCACUCUGGUGGAGGACCGGCCAACGCCAAGGGCCGUCUACAACUGGCGCAUCUACGUGCUGGCCGUCAUCGCAUCAUGCGGCUCCAAUAUGAUCGGUUACACAUCGGCCUUCAUCGGCACGACCAUCACGCUCCAGUCGUUCGAGCAGGAAUUCGGCUUUGACGACAUGACCCAAGACCAGGUCGAUCUUAUUAGCGAGAACAUCGUUUCUCUGUUCAUUGCAGGUGCUUUCUUUGGCGCCAUCUUCACAUACGGUCUCGGCCACUGGCUUGGUCGGAAAUGGAGCUUGGUCGUUGCUUCUGCCCUGUUCACCCUUGGUGCUGGCCUGUCGUGCGGUACAAAGGGAUCCUCCGGCCUCGGGAUCAUGUAUGGAGGCCGUGUCCUGACUGGAUUGGGCACUGGUGUUGCAUCAAACAUCAUCCCUAUUUAUAUCUCUGAACUUGCACCUCCCGCCAUUCGAGGACGACUAGUCGGAUUUUAUGAACUGGGUUGGCAGAUUGGUGGACUCGUCGGUUUCUGGAUCAACUACGGAGUUCAAAGGCAUAUGCCUGCAAGCCACCAGCAAUGGAUCAUUCCGUUUGCCAUCCAGAUCAUCCCUGCGGGAUUGCUCUUCGUUGGUUCCUUAUGGAUCCGCGAAUCUCCUCGCUGGUUGUUCCUCAAGGGCCGUCGCGCCCAGGCCAUGGGCAACCUAUGCUGGAUUCGUCAGCUGGAUGAAGCAGAUAUCUACAUCACUGAAGAGGUGGCGGCUAUUGACCAAGCUCUGGAAGAGCAGGCCUCUACAAUUGGAGUCGGCUUCUGGAAGCCGUUCCAGGCUGUUGCGCGACGCAAGACGAUUCUGUACCGUCUCUUCCUUGGUUGUAUGCUUUUCUUCUGGCAAAAUGGAUCUGGUAUCAACGCCAUCAACUACUAUAGUCCGACUAUCUUCACCAGCAUCGGCGUGUCUGACGCUGAUGUCGGCUGGAUGACGGGUAUCUUCGGUGUGAUCAAGGCUGUCAUGACUUUUGUUUGGCUUCUUUUCCUGGUCGAUCAGCUUGGACGACGGAACCUUCUGCUUGGCGGUGCUAUCACCGGCUCUAUCUGCAUGUGGAUUAUUGGAGCUUAUAUCUGCGUCGUCCGUCCUGAGGACAACCCUACCGACCAUCUCAAUGGAGGCGGUAUUGCGGCUAUUUUCUUCUUUUAUCUGUGGACUGCUGUCUAUACUCCCACCUGGAACGGAACACCCUGGGUUUGCAACUCGGAAUUCUUCGAUCCCAACCUCCGAUCCCUCGCGCAAGCCGCGACAACAGCCAGCAACUGGCUGUUCAACUUCCUCGUCUCGCGAUUCACCAAGCAAAUGUUUGCAAAGAUGAACUACGGCGUCUACUUCUUCUUCGCGGCACUAUCCUUCCUCGCGUUCUUCUUCGCCUUCUUCCUGAUCCCCGAAACCAGCGGUAUCCCUCUCGAGGCCGUCGACCGGCUGUUCGAGAUCAAGCCUGUCUGGAGGGCACACAGCAAGCUGAAGGAGCAGCUGAAGGAAGACGAAGAACAGUUCCGCUUUGAAAUCAAGGAGGGUGUGUUUGGGAAAGAGGGCACUGAGGCGCCGACGCAUGUAGAGAACCCUGAGAAUUCUGAGAACUCCGGGAACUCUUCGGCAUGA